AUGUGGGUGAAGCCAGAUGAGGUGCUUCUUGCUAAUGCUCUUUGGGUGAAUGAAAGAGCAAAUCCAUAUUUUGUUCUACAGAAGAGAAAAGGCUAUGGAGGUGGAGGAUUAGCAGGGUUAUUAGUUGGUACCAUUGACACUGUUCUUGAUAAUAAGACACCACCAUAUAGAAUAUUGCUACAAACAAUUGGUUCAGAACUCAGUUAUUAUGUCUCUGUGGCUAAUAAUAAGAAAGAAAUUCAUAAAGAUUGGGAAUGGAUAGAACAAAAUCUGAUGCAAACAUUAGCUACAUUUGAAACAGAUGACGAAGCCACAGAGUUUAUAAGAUGUAAAAUAGAAAGUUUAUUGGCUAAUAAUGUUAAACCUACAGAAGAUGAUGAGACUCAGAGAUUUGUGACAGCUACUAAGAAAUUUAGAAAGUUAUUUAACAUGCCAAUAGAGGAAAAACUUGUUAAUUAUUAUUCAUGUAGUUAUUGGAAAGGUAAACUGCCUAGACAAGGCUGGAUGUAUCUUAGUAUCAACCAUCUGUGUUUCUAUUCAUUUUUGAUGGGCAAGGAAGAUAAAGUUAUAUUACGGUGGACAGACAUUACAAAACUAGAGAGAGGUAACAACAUGUUUUUUCCUGAUACAGUUAAAAUAACUACUAGAGAAGCUUCUUAUUAUUUUUCAAUGAUUAUGCACAGUGCAGAAAGCUAUAGAUUGAUUGAACAGUUAGCUAAUAUGGCAAUGAAACAAUUGAUGCAAGAAGGCGGUUUUGAAGAAGAUAAACUCAUCUCAUUCAGGACAAAAAAGAAAACUUCCAAGAAAAUGUCUUCCUUAAAACGUGACCUGGAUGCGAGAGCUAGAAGUGAAGCUUUCAGACAAGCAUUUCAGUUACCUGUACAAGAGAAACUAGAUGGUGAUGAAGAAUGUACUCUAUGGACACCCUAUAAUAAACAACAUGUUUCUGGUAGACUAUACCUCUCUUCUAAUUUUAUAUGUUUUGCCAGUAGGGUACGUGAUUUAGUAACUGUUAUUAUACCAUUACGUGAUAUACAAGUUGUAGAGAAGGUAGAUAACUCUGUAUCUGGUAACCUGAUCUCUAAAGCAUUGUUAGUUACAACUAAAGGCAAGAUGAGUUUUACCUUUGCUCAGUUUAGUGAUAGAGAUUUUAUAUUAGAGAGAAUCUCUGAUUAUUUAUCAAGACAACCAGAACCAAAAAGUCAAAAGUCAGAUGAGUUAUCUCCUAAAGAAACUGUUAAAACACAUUUAUGGGAUGUUCAUUUUGCUGAAUAUGGAAAAGGUAUGUGUAUGUACCGAACUCACCGUACACAAGAACUAGUAUUAAAAGGUAUACCUGAUAAAUAUAGAGGUGGUAUGUGGAUGGUAUUCUCUGGUGCUGUUAAUGAGAUGGCAGCUAAUGAUGGAUAUUAUGCUAAUAUUGUACAACUAAGUUGUGGUAAAUCUUCAUUAGCUACUGAAGAGAUUGAACGAGAUUUACACAGGUCAUUACCAGAACAUCCAGCCUUUCAGAAUGCUCUUGGUAUUGAUGCUUUAAGACGAGUAUUAACAGCUUAUGCAUGGAGAAAUCCUAAUAUAGGUUAUUGUCAAGCUAUGAAUAUAGUGACUAGUGUUUUAUUGUUAUAUACCAGUGAAGAGGAGGCAUUCUGGUUAUUAACAGCUAUCUGUGAACGCUUACUGCCAGAUUAUUAUAAUACUAAAGUUGUUGGAGCACUCAUUGAUCAGAGUGUAUUUGAAGAUUUGAUUAGGAAUUAUCUACCUAGUAUGCAUGAUAAACUAGAAACAUUAGGUUUAUUAAGUAUGAUAUCUCUAUCAUGGUUUCUUACUAUUUUCUUAAGUGUAAUGCCAUUUGGUUCAGCUAUCAAUAUAUUGGAUUGUUUCUUCUAUGAUGGUGCAAAGGUGAUCUUCCAAGUAGCUCUAGCAAUAUUAAACCAGAAGAGUGAUGAGUUAUUAAAUUGUGGAGAAGAUGGUGAAGCUAUGACUAUACUCUGUCAAUACCUAGAGAAUGUUACUAAUAAAGAUUCCACUAUACCCACAGUUAAACAUUCUUCAGCCAUGUCGAAAUCAGGUGAUGUAAAUCCAUCAGUAGAUGUGACAGAUCUUAUAGAAGAUAGCUAUAGAAAGUUUGGUAAUAUCAGUAAUCAAGUUGUGGAUAAAUUAAGAUUACAAUAUAGAUUACGUGUUGUACAGAAUAUAGAAGAUAGUACUAAACGUAAUAUAAUAAGAAGUGUAGCCUCUGAUACUUUAUUUAAAGACAAAGAAUUAGAUGAACUUUAUAUUCUUUUUAAGGAAGAAUAUUUAACAUCAUGUUAUUGGAGAACUAGUCAACAGCCUGCAGAAACAGCUGAUAAAUAUGACCCAUCUAGACCUUAUUAUGAUUUAUACAAGGUAGAUUUUGACCAGUUUAAAACUAUGUUUCUAUCUCUUGCACCAUGGGCUACUGGUGUACAUGCUGGUAUCUUAGCUAUUAGAGCUUUCAGGUAUUUAGAUGAGAAUAAAGAUAAUAUGAUUAAUUUUAAAGAGUUUGUACAUAUACUGGGUAUUAUAUGUAAAGGUAGUGUCAGUGAAAGAAUUAAAUUACUAUAUUUACUUCACUUACCACCUGCUCUAACAUCAAAUGAUAACAUUGAGGAGGAAGAAGAUGUUGACACACCUACAUCUCCAAACACUGAUUCAACUGAAAGUGGCGUGGAAGCUACAGAUUUCUUUGAUGAAUCUGAACUAGAAGCUAUGAGAGAAGAGAUGGAAGAAGGUGGUAUUUAUGUGAAUAAGAAAAGAAGAAAGAGAACUUUAAGUGAGAAAUUACAAUCUGAUACGAAAGAAGAUUACAAGAAUGUGGAGAGGAUGAAUCAGAAACAAUUUAUACAGCUAUGGAAGACACUGUAUGACAUGUUCUUAGACAGCCCACAACAACAAGACCUGUACCAUUCUAUAGCAACCAUUGGCACACUUCUUUUACAAAUUGGUGAAGUAGGAAAAAGGUUUCGUAUGCAGAAAACUGUUUCAAUAGAUACUCAAAGUUCUUCAUCCGAUGCACCUUUCUCUGACAAUCCAGAUAGAGAAGCAAGUGGUGGAAAUGGUGAAAGUGGAAUCAGUAUGACAGAAAGUCAUCAGUCUUCAAUUAAUGAUCAGAAAUCCAUUGGAAGCAAGGCUGAUGAAGAUUGGUCCAUUUCAUUUGAGCAGCUUGUGGCAUCCUUGUUAACAGAGCCUCCAGUUGUGGCAUAUUUCGAGCAGAAGGCUGAUAUUUCUGAACCAGUUCAACGAAUGAGGAAUAGGCGUUUGCUCACAAGACAGGCUAGCUCACCAGUUGAUGCAAAAUCUUAA